AUAUAGAAACACAAUCAGCAGACGACAAAAUUUUUUAUGUAUUCACGGUUAUCUUUCAAAAGACACACGAAAGCCACGAGAGUCCGAGCCCACGACGCCCACGUGUGUUUUCAAUAAUCCACCUUAUAAAAAUAACACAACAUUCAACAACCAAGUGACUGGCUGUAGCUGACGAGUGAUUUCUCAAAUAUCUCCAUAACAUUAAACACUUUUAUGAAGUACUAAAAACUUGUCUAUAAUAUAAUGGGUAAAAAAAAUAAUAAAUACAACGUUCGGAACUAUCGGAAGAUUGAAAACAAUCUUUCGAGCAUAGGAACUAAGAAAAAAACAUCGAAAAAUGUAGUCUCGACCAUGGGCGGAGAAUUUAAUGUUGAAGAACAAGAGAAUGCUAUUCAUGAAUUACCAAUGCACAAUAUCCGCAAAACACCAAAAAAGAAAAGGAAGAAAAUGGGUCGCCCGAUAGUCGUAGAGGAUACAACAGAGCAAUUAUCUACAGUGCCACUGCCCCUAAGCUACAGACUUCCGGAACAGUCCAGUGUGGCAAGUGUUUAUCGCGGACCUUUCAAUAUUCAGAAAAAAGUUAAGGCCGAGCAAAUACAGAAAAAAGUUUGCAUUGUCACAACAGAAUGUAUAAAGCCGAAUGAGAAACCUGAUAAAAAUAUGCAAAAUUCAGAGUUAAUCGAGAAGCCUGAGACACGCAUGGAAGUGGAACAUUCUACAGUCCUUAAAAACAACAGUUCCAGCUGUGUUCCGCUAUCAAUUGAAAAUUCAAAGUCUGCUCAAUCAAAAACUUCUCAAAGUAUCACGGAUAGCAUCGUUCCGUAUUCUCAAAAACCAGAGCAACGCUCAGAAGUUGAAGAGCAAAUGAACACCAAGCAAUUACCACGAUUUUACAGUUUCAGAAACAAAGUUUUGGUGAUAAUGGAGACAGACUGCAAAUUUAGUUUUCAUGGAAAAUUAAAGCUUCGCGUACUGUGGGGUGCGAUAAGAGUUUACGGCUAUUCGGUCAGCAGCGAGAGCAGGAAAUCGACUCUAUCUAUUUAUUCCCCAAGAGCGUACAGCCCUGUAGCGAUCGAGGCGAUAGAGACAGAAAUGAUGGACAAGGGCAUUUCGAACAUUUGGAAAAUUUUGGAGGAAGACUGCGAGGACCCUAAGCUUGCAAAAAGUUUGCAGUCUGAUGUGAAAGCAGUGGAGGAAGGUUGGGCAGUUUUGUUGUUGGAGAAUUUCGACAAUAGCCUGACGAAUUUUCUCUCAAUGAAUUUCCCUCAUCAUUUGUUCCCGCGAGUCGACGAUCCCUCGAAUCUAUCGUGGCGUGAUUCACGUCGCGCUGAAGUAGUGUUGCAAGCUAAUUUGCGAUUCGGCAUUUCGUACGAUAAAAUAGUGAUCGAUUCCCGUGGUAUCGAUGACGUCGCGGACGCGAUUUGCUACGACUGGGAAACUAAGGAAAAUUCACGAACUGUCAUCGCUGGUGGCAAGGGAGUUGGGAAAUCGACCAUGGCUCGUUAUCUCGUUAACAAAUUAUUAGCCACCAGCGAGUCGGUUAUAUUUCUCGACCUCGACCUCGGACAAACCGAAUUCACCCCCGCUGCUUGUUUGUCUAUUACGAUCGUUGACGAACCGCUCCUUGGACCCAAUUUUACGCAUCUCAAGAUUCCAUAUUUCCAGUUUUACCUCGGCAGCGUUGACGUCACUCGUUGCCUCGAACAGUACGUCGAUGGUGUUAAAAAACUCGUCGAACUUUUGAACGAAGAUUCGAAACUUUCGCACCGACCGAUAGUGAUCAAUACCAUGGGAUUUUGUAAAGGCAUCGGCGCAGAUUUGAUCAACUACAUCCUUAAAAUUUUGUUACCUACGGACGUUAUUCAAAUACUAUCGAAAAGGUCAAAAAAUAAUUUCAACGAUACGCUUAGUCGUCAAGUCAUCGAUCGUCAGAGCCUCGGAUGGCUGACUUGGACGAAAGACAUCAACAGAGACAGGCCAACGAAGCACCGUUUGCACGUUAUUUAUUCAGAGGCCGAAACGAGCACCGGACCAGCUGAAUCUUGGAAUCUUGAAGCUCAUCAACAACGAGAACUCGUGAUGAUCUCAUAUUUGAGCCAAAUUAUUAAGGCCAAUGAAUCUGCGACAUCGCAACUUCGUAGCCUCGUCACGAGUAUCAACGCCGUAACUCCUUACGUAGUUCCAUUCGACGCACUGUGUGUUUCGAUAGCGGGUGUUUACGUUUCCCAAAUAUUGUCUAUCAUGAAUGGAAAUAUCGUUGCUCUAUGUGGUGUUAACAUGGAAUCACUGGUUCCGAAAAACCUCGAGGACAAUUUGGAAGGUUCUUAUCCACGAGUCCUGAUUAGACCGCCACUGUCCACGUGUUACGGUUUUGGAAUUUUACGAGGCGUUGAUAUGGAAAAGGAACAAUUGUUCAUAAACACACCUUUGCCAGCUUCGCUCAUGAAACACGUCAAUUGCCUCAUGGGGUGCACAAAUGUUCCUCAAAGUUUAUUGCAACUCAAUGAAGAAGGUGCCCCGUAUACCGGGAGCGUCUACGACUUGCCAACGAGUCGUGAACCACGAAGAGGAUACGUGAGAACGCGUUAUCAAGUGGGCACUUGAUCCCAAUCGCGAAAAAAUAAGAAAAAAAUACUGAAAUACAAAAACUUGGAUAAAAUAUAUGGAGUCCAAUCAUACACAAAAGUCUAUAAAAAAAAAAUACUCUAAAAAAGUCUGUGCGGACGGUGAGCGCACUGAAUUUGCACAACAAAUGCAAAGAGCGUCUUGAAAAGAUAUAAAUAUUGAAAUGAUUAAAGUUUUUAUGAACGGA